GUCACCCGGCAGUUGGAGCCCGGAGUACCAGUUCCCCCUGCCGGCUGCCGCUAGCGGGAGCGUGCUGUUGCGUGGUCCCCUGCGCUGCGCCGUCGCUAUUCCUCAACGCCGGCUGGGAACUUUUCUUUACGCCGCCCGAGCUGUUAAAAUUCCAAUUACGUCGUGGGCGUAGCGGCUCCUUGUAAUGGCGACCGUGCCGUAGAUGUGCCCCGGUUUGUGAAAAUGAAGCGAAGAAGAAGUUAUUUCUUUUAAGUGAAACGCCGAGGUUCCCCGCAGGAGGACUUUUCGCGCCUACUAACCGUCGUCUUUACGAGUGGUAAACUUAGCUGUACUUUUGAACUUUUCUUCCCUUUUUGAGAUGAUGAAGCUCAAGUCAAACCAGACCCGGACGUACGACGGGGAUGGCUACAAGAAGCGGGCCGCCUGCCUGUGUUUCAGGAGCGAGAGCGAGGAGGAGGUGCUGUUGGUGAGCAGUAGUCGACAUCCCGACAAGUGGAUAGUUCCUGGAGGGGGAAUGGAGCCCGAGGAGGAGUCCAGUGUUGCUGCCGCUCGAGAAGUGUGUGAAGAGGCCGGUGUGACGGGGACUUUAGGUCGCCUGGUGGGUGUUUUUGAGAACCAGGAGAGGAAACACAGGACCUACGUCUAUGUCCUUAUUGUAACAGAGCUGCUGGAGGACUGGGAGGACUCGGUGAACAUCGGGAGAAAAAGGGAAUGGUUUAAAAUAGACGAUGCCAUACGAGUGUUGCAGUGUCACAAGCCCGUGCAGGCCACCUACUUCGAGGCUCUCGGGGGGAGUUGCCUGACCAGCAACGGGACGCCGCUGGUGGCCACGAUAAGUGGGGACCUGUCCCCGACCUACAGCAUCAAUCAGAGCUCCGUCUCGGAUAUCAGAUAACUAGAACCAUCCCUCUGACACCGCCCGGAGCUUUCGCCACCACUUGCGCUCUUACUUGUGUCAUUUCUCCUCUCUUGUGUCUCAAUAACAUGGUUUGCCUUGCCAACUACUUUGUGCCAGAGCUGAGGCACCUGCUUGAUGACGAGUGUUGGGUGAAUAGUCUGAAACACUUUGUAAAUGUCAUUUCUGACCCCCAUUUUCUUUUUUUUUUCUUUUUACUGACCACUGCAUGAUAUGUCGCCCCCCCUCCCUCUCCUCCCUCAACGCGCCCUUAGUGUGGUGUUUAUUGAAUGGCAGAACUACUUUUUACUGUUGUAAUGUAAAAGUGUAUACUUAGUGCUUAAGUGGAAGGCUUUCGGUGGUCUUUUCAAAGUCCUCCAUUUCAUUCUUUUCAGAUAUCUAUAUUUUUUUGUGAAUGAAUGUGCCCUUUAGUGCACCGCUCCCCCCAUUAAUAAGGAUAGGAAAUGUUGUCUGUAUCUGAAUGAUCAGAGCCGUGGGAAGGGACUUGUCUUGCAUGAGCACUGUUACGUUGUGUCACCUGACUGCGACAGACUUGUGAUGCAGUCUUUUUGGAUUCUCUUCAUUUUGUUCCUUAUGGUCAGUGAUGUCUCUCUGAUCACAAGGAUAUCACCCCCCCCCCCCCCCCACACACACACACACACUCGUUUCAACAGUGUCGAGUGCGUUUCUCUCUUAUUUGGGGAAGCACUGCGGGCUUCCGUCUCCAACGGAGCGUGGUGUUCACUGCACAGAGUGGAAGAAUGUCAACACGUCCAAAUGAAACACCUUUUCUCCUCAGUGUCUUUCCCUCUUCUUCCAUCCAUGUUUGUUUAACCCCUCUCGUCCAAAUCCUGAGGGGGUAAAGAUUUCUAAAUCAUGGACGUAUAAUCACAAAAUGCCGCACAUAUCACUUAAGUUAUUAAAACCCAUUUCCAUGUUUUACUCCUCACAUUCAGUUUGGUUCAAAAGCAAUUGUUUACACUGCUCGUAACAGGAGACGUCUUUUUUUUUUUUUUAGCCUUUCAUUAUUUAAUCGGCAUCCCCGAAAAGACUCAAACACACCUGCUUGACAUUGAAAGUAAUCAAAUCUAUAAUGCUGGUGCAGAACAAACAAGCCUUGUACAGUUUGAGACCUUGUUUUUAACAUGUAAAAUGCUUUUGGAUACUAGCUUUUUGUUUUCAUGUGUUUUCUUUCUCCAACGUCUGGCGGAGCGGCGUGAGGCUCAAUACUGUGAAACUGGAGGCGCUUGUAGAUAGCGAGUUAGAGGUUUUUAUUGUAAAUUGUUUUAUUUCUGUAUAGAUCAAACGGUGGGAGGUGGUCGUGUCGUUUCACCCGAGGCUGAGGUGGAGCCCGGUACUUCUGAGGCGAAAAGGACCAGGAACCUUUUGGCUUCGGUUGUUGGGGAGAUUUUUCUUUUCGCCCCAAACAAAGCCAACUUGUCACCGCGAAGGAUUACUGCUGGUUGGCUUCGGCCCACUUCCCAAACCACUCAUUAGUUGAAGUGAAGUUCCUUUCCUGAGACAGAAGCUGUGUCACUACUCCGUGUUUCUGCGGUUUUCUGCUGCUAAGUCGAUCUGUGGUAGUCGGACAACUUGGAGGUAAAUUAUGGUCCAUUUGAGGGGAAUGUUUUCAUGUGUCCGAUAUUCAGACCUUUCAUCAAAAAAUAGGCUUCUUGGAUACCGAAUGCUGGACUAUUUCCAGCAGCUAGACGCUAACUUUGUCUGCUGUUUUUUUUUUUUGCCGUUUAGUGAAUUGAAAAACCGAGGUUGGGUGCAAUGAAAUUGAAAUGCUGAGCUGAAAGAUGCUAAACGGCCUCGUGGAGGAGAAGGGCUUCAGUCAGUAGAUGAUAAAUUAGCCUUUGUCUUCUGUCACCUCUUUCAAACGGAGGUGACACAUGAACCACAUUGUAUAGAAACGUUGAUCAUUUAUUAACCGCAAACUUCUCAUUUCUAAUAAGAGAUUCUCUGGGAAUACUUUGACAAAAGCGGCCAUUUUGAUUGUGCGCCCCCUGCUGAGCCCCACGGGAGCUGCACGUUUCUGAAUGCCAACAAAAACAAGUCGUUUCAUCUGGGUUAAAAUAAUGUUCAUUCAAGUUUAAAUAUCGGCAGAAACCCCCAGUAUCAUAAAUAGUAGAAACGCCUUCAUGGGAACUAGCAGCCGAAAUCUGAGCGAGGAGGAAGCGGCUCAGACGUCUUCUCGGUGGUCGAGGGGCCCGACUCAGCCGGCCAAUCUCUUCAGACUCCUUUAUAACCCCCCCAGCCCCCAUAUGGAAAAAGGGAGUCCAAAGUCUACUCCACAACAGGUUGAGACUUUGAUUUGUUUUUAUUGCAGGGCGCCAGAGAGGCGCGGUGGCCAAAGUCUCUUUACGAGGCCCCACCUGUCACUUCGAGGGCUCUGUAGACGCCAUCGAAACAAGUCAGACGUGAAAACUGAGAGAUUGGCGCUGGAGUUGAUCGGCGCUGGUCGGAUGAGGGUGACAGGUACUGUCAAAAUGAAUGUGAGGAGGAUGUCCACAAGUAACAGCCAAUGACUGAAUAAUUAAUGACCACUUGUUCUUCAUCCAUAUGAUUCUGUAGUGUUCUUUAAUCCGUUGUUUGACGAGCUAAUGUCGUGUAGAAAGUUAAUGCAACACCCAUUGAUGAGGAUUCUCUUUUUACAACUCAAUAAAGCACUUCCUGUCCUAUGUAAAGUGAUUUGGGAUGGGGAUUUGUGUGUCUCCCUGUAAGCACGCUGGAGUUUCAGAUAUCUGCCCUCUUCUCCAACAUCGGUCCUUUCAGUAUGACAUUGGAAGAGGAUGAAUUAUUCAGAGAUCAAAUAAAGUCCACUUCCUCUUUAACUCUGUCCAAAGGUGAUGGUAAACACACAUAUUGCCCCAUCUUGUGGCCAAAGCAAAAUAGAUUUAAAGCACAUCCCCUUGCUGCUGAGGAUUGUAACAUUGCAUUUUCUGUAAUGGGAAGAUGACAUUUUUAAUCGCUAACAGUAAAAAAAAAAAAUUGAAUAUUUUAAAAUACUAAUUGACUUCUGAACUAAACGUGCACCUGACCCCAGCCUUAAGGUUACAUACAUUUGAUUUCCACGGUAAAUGCGUCACUGGAAUAUUUUCCCUUUGUCAUUUGGGACUGUGGAAUAAAAACUGAGCAGACUGAAGAUUGUAAUAUAAAUGUGCCAACAAAUAAACACCAGUAUUUCACUUUCAGAA